UCCUACCCUGUCUUUAAACCCCUCGUCUCUCUCCGCCUCUAGGGUUAGACCGCAUCUCCUCUUUCUUUGAUGCCAAGCGUCGUAGAUCCAUGGUAGCCUCUCUCCUUAUUCUUUCUCUUCUCCGCCUUUUCUUCUAUCCAAGCUUGCGUUUUUUCCCUACUUUAAAUAGGCCUGGCGAGAACCGAAUUCGCCAAAAGUUGGAAGUUCCAGGUUUUCGCUUUCUCCCCUCGCUGUUUUUUUUUUUUGUGAUUUUGUAAGUGUUUUUCGGCCUGAGAAUAAAUAAAAAUCGCUUCUUGGUGUCGGUUUAGAGUUGAGGAUUUCGAUUGGCUUUUGUCGGGAUAGAUGAGCCGUCAGCUGAUCCAAUCUAGGGUUCUUUUGAUUUCUUGAUCGAGAGGGGUAGUCCAGCAAUGGGAGGCGAAGAGGAUGCGGCCUCCGGUCCGCUCUCUGGCAGCCGGAAAACCUUCUGGAGGUCGGCGUCGUGGUCCUCUUCCCGGAUCUCUGCGCCGGACGACUCCAGCUGUUGUUCUACCGAGGAAAAGAAUUCGACCAACGGCCAGUUCCGACGCUACCCGGCUCCUCCCCUGACCCCCAGAUCGCAGAGCGGCAAGGCCCGGUCCUGCCUCCCGCCUCUCCAGCCGCUCUCCAUCGUCCGCCGGAGCUUGGACGACUGGCCCAAGGCCAGCUGCGACGACGUUGGGGAGUGGCCGCAGCUCCCCACUCCUAGUGGGAAGGCCAGCGCCAACAAGCCCGGUGAGGGCAUGGAGCUGGAUCUGUCCUUGCUGCGGUCCCAGGUCAAGAAAGAUCAGAUCGCCUUCUUUGAUAAGGAGUGCUCCAAGGUGGCCGACCACAUCUACCUCGGUGGAGACUCCGUGGCUAGGAACCGAGAAAUCCUUCGCCGGAAUGGAAUCACCCAUGUCCUCAAUUGUGUUGGAUUCGUUUGCCCGGAGUACUUCAAGUCGGAUCUCGUUUAUAAGACCCUCUGGUUGCAGGAUAGCCCGACAGAGGAUAUCACGAGUAUAUUGUAUGAUGUGUUUGAUUACUUUGAGGAUGUCCGGGAGCAGGGCGGGAGGGUGUUGGUCCACUGCUGCCAGGGAGUGUCGCGGUCCACCUCUCUGGUUAUAGCUUACCUUAUGUGGAGGAAAGGACAGAGCUUUGAGGAUGCCUUCCAGUAUGUUAAGGCUGCGAGGGGGAUCGCUAAUCCGAACAUGGGUUUCGCCUGCCAGCUGCUUCAGUGCCAGAAGAGGGUCCAUGCAAUCCCGCUGAGCCCCAGUUCGGUGCUGAGGAUGUACCGAAUGGCACCUCACUCUUCGUAUGAUCCAUUGCAUCUAGUACCAAAGAUGUUGAAUGAUCCUUCGCCAGAUGCUUUGGAUUCAAGGGGCGCAUUUAUCAUUCAUGUCCUCUCAUCGAUUUAUGUGUGGAUCGGUAAGAAUUGCAAGCUAGUAAUGGAAAAGGAUGCAAAAGCUGCGGCUUUUCAGGUGGUAAGGUACGAGAGGGUGCAGGGGCCUAUCAUGAUGAUUGAAGAAGGGGAUGAGCCACCAGAGUUCUGGGAGGCAUUCGCAAGUGCCCCUUCAAAUUCAGACAGUGCCACAAAGAUUGACAAGGAACAGAUUGGAUCAGCAAUCAAGGCUGGCAUUGGUAAGAGGAGAGUGGAGUCAUAUGAUGGAGACUUUGAGCUUUUCUAUAAGGCAAUUACUGGAGGUGUUGUGCCAGCAUUCUCUUCUUCGGGACCAGGGCAGGAAACCAACCUUCCGGCAAGAGAAAGCAACUGGAGUAUUUUGAGGCGUAAGUUUCUAACAAAAGUUUAUUCAGAUCCUGCAUUGGUGAGGGAUAUGGAUCCCCGCAUGAACCGAGUGCAGCUUUUGACUGCAGAGGCAUCUACAUCCCCUCCUUAUCUUUCUCCUAGUUCACUUUCCUCUGACUUGAGUAUUAGCUCAAAGUGUAGUUCAGAGUCAUUUUCCAUGUCUCCUUCAACAUCCUCCUCUCAUUCGCUUACACCAUCACCUGCUUCGUCUAACUCGCCUGACCCUUUGCCACCAUCAUCCAGGCCUUCUCUCCAACCUUCAAGCAAUAUGGAACCCUUGAAGCAUUGUUGGGAAUCAGGUUCUUCUCCGUCUAAGGGGCUUGCACGCUCUAUUGCUGAAAGAAGGGGAAGCUUUUCACCUCUGAAAUUGUCAUCACUCAACAAAAAUGAUGCUCCAGUGUUAUCUCGGAAGGUGUUAAAUACAUCAUCUGCAAAUGAAGUCGUAGAUAGGAAUAAUAAUAACUGCAUGUCCAAAGAUGAUGCUUUAGACAGGGAAGAUAAUGUAGGGGAAGUUUCAGAUGUCAAGUGCACUGGUGAUUCUGCUGUUAAUAGUUCAGAAAAUAGGGUGAACUCUCAGAAAAAUCAUCUAAAUCAAGAUGAUCAAUUGCUGCCUGGUUCAACUGGAAGGGUUGAUGUUAGGUUGAAGAGUCCAAACCUGGCACAUCUCUUAGUGUAUCGCUGGCCUAGUAUGGAAGAGCUAGCAACAUUCGCUACAGAAGAUCUGGAUUCCAAAGCAGUGUUUCUUUUCUUGACUCCUAAUGCUGGUACAAGUGGAGAGUCAGGUAGGAUUUUAUAUUUGUGGGUAGGAAGGGGCUUCAAACAGGGUAAUGAUCAAACUCAACUAAAGAGCAGCCAAGAUCUAGGACAAGUUAUUCCAAAUGACUGGCACCGAGUUGGCUGUGAGUUUCUUGAUUUAAUGGGUCUGCAGAAGGACCUUCCGAUUAAGGUUGUUAAAGAACAGGAAACAGAGAAAUUUCUGGAAUUUCUGAAUUAUCGUUAAUUUUAGCACUGCAGUGAAACAUUCCAAAAACCUAACAGACUCGAUCGCUGCUCGGGUUUCUCUUUCCUCACAAUUAUCAUGCAGUGGAGUAUCACAUUUUGUUCAAAUGGCUGAAAGUGCACAAUGAUCAGUGAGUCGCAGGAGGCUGCCAGAACGUCACAUCUGUGGCUACUUCAGGUUGUGGCACGCUUGGAUAUACAUUGUCCGCUCUCCUUUCAGCUCAGAGAUGAUGAUUGUUGGAGUCCAGGGGUAGGUGGAGCCCACGGGAUCCAAAGAUUCAGUUUCAAAUAUUUCUCAGAUCCAGUCCACAUUCAACAGAGCAAGCUUAUUCUGGGAACGAAAGCACUCGAAGAGAGACGAUCGGCAGCAGCAACCUCAGGCUGCAUCACCUCCAGCAGCAGCACUGCCAUCAGAUUCAGUCGAUAUCGUCAAAAGCCCUCCCGGCUCUCACGUCCGCAUCGCGGAGAUCACGGUCUCGAUCAUGGCCAGCAUCCUCAUCAUCGUCGCGUGCAAGAGGGACGCAGCAGGGACCAUGCCAUUCGCUCUGAAAAUCAUCAUCUCGCGCAGUCCCGCCUAAAUCCCGGUCAACUGCUAUGUGCACCCUCGGAGCGUGGGGGCAGGGCACGGCGGUGAAGUGCAGGAAGCGAUGGUCCGUUUCGCCGGUGGCCAGGACCCGGCGCACGCGAGCGAAGCCUCGAAAACAGAAGGAACGCCCUUCAGGGCAGUCAUGGCGCCAGGCCAUCUGGACGAUGACCGUCAGGCCCGGCGGACCGGCCACCGUGCGGAUGCUCGGGGCGGCCGGCAGGAAUGUUCCAUCGGCCAGCUGCCAUGUUGCGAAGGUGAUCUCCAGCAUUCUUCUCUCUCUACGAGACUCGACCAACCGAUAUCCUCCUCGGAAUGGUGGAAAGCUCUCAGCCAAGCGAGCGAGACUCCUCUCCCUUUUAAUGCGUAAGAGGGGUGGGGGGCGUAAUAGCGAGCGAGAGAGCGAGCUGAGAGUUUUAAGACCGUUGGGUUUGAAUGAUGACGUAGGGUGGCAGUAACGGUAGUCUGGGAGUGCCCGAGCGGCGUGUUGUUUCGGGGGUUUAAUGGUUGAAGGGUGGGAUGGUGCUCGUUUCGAAUGCGUCCAAACCCGAAAAGGUGCAAUUGGUGUUUUGCGAGGAUUGGAAUGGUGCGCUUGAAAGAUAAUUAAUUUGUUUCAAAUGCCAAUAGUAAAAUUAGAUAGUUAUACCUCAUUAUCAAAUGCCUUGGGGCUUCAAAGCUCAACAAUAGCUUUUUCGUUAUGUGGUUAAUGAUAUUGAGACAAAGCUACAGAAAUAAAGUUCGGAUAGAAAUCAUGAUAAAGCUCAGCAGAAAUUUGAAUUA